UCAGUUCAUCAAUCCACAGUUCACAUGAGAGUGCGGCUAAAAAAACAAUUAUUCGUCAGAGAAGGGGAUGUCGAGUAUUUAAGUUUCACGAGAGGAAAACGCACGAUGUCUACUGCUAAUAACUUGAUAAAGGAUUUGCCAAGUGGACCAUUAGAUGUUUAUAGGAAACGAGCGACAUUCGACUGGAAGUCGUUUAAAUUAUCUUUAGAGGGAGAAGAUUCCGUACGAAUGCAGUUAAAAUUAUGGCAACUCAUCAAAACCCAUCCAGUGUUUCAAAAGUCGACGUACCCGAAGAGUUUGGAUGAAAUUCGAAAACGCGUCAAUAGCCAGAUACAAGUUCUUUGCGAGAAUAAUAUAGAUCCAAUAAGCGACAUUAACAGUGUUCUUUAUCUUUUUCAAUACGAUGGAUCGAUAUCGAUACGAAUAAGUAUCACACGAGGUAUGGUACCAGGUGCUAUAUUUGCACUGGGUACUAAUCAACAUCAUCAGCUUCUAGCUGAAUUUAGCACUGGAAAUUAUAUUGGCUGGUUUGUGCUGACUGAGAUUGCUCAUGGAACUAAUGCAAAAGGUAUACAAACUAAAGCAACAUAUGAUGUAGCAACAAAAAGUUUUAUCCUUCAUACUUCCGACUUUGAAGCUGCAAAAUGUUGGGCAGGUAAUCUAGGAAAAUGCGCAACGCAUGCUCUCAUAUUUGCGCAACUAAUUACAUCGGACGGAGUAAACCGUGGCUUGCACGUUUUUAUUGUGCCAAUUCGCGAUCUGCAAACUCAUUUACCUUUUCCCGGUGUUACCGUUGGUGAUAUGGGUGAAAAGAUAGGCCUUAAUGGAAUAGACAAUGGAUUCAUAAUGUUUGACAAUUAUUCUAUACCGCGUAAUUGUUUGUUAAAUCGCACCGCAGAUGUCACCGAAGAUGGAAAGUAUGUCCUUGCUCUAAAGAAUGAACGAAAAAGAUAUGGUUCGUCGUUGGGUGCACUGUCAGGAGGCCGUGUCACGAUUACUGGAAUAUGUUACCACUAUAUGGUCAUUGCAUUAACUAUUGCUAUACGUUAUUGUGCAGUUAGGAAACAAUUUGGUCCUACCGAGGAUAAUGAAUUGCCAGUUAUAGAAUAUCAAACGCAACAAUGGCGAAUCAUUCCUCAUUUAGCUGCAACGUACGCAGUAAAAAUAUUUUCAUCAGCAUUGAGAAAAGAUUUUGAUGAACUUCAAAUGAACCGUUUGAGUAAGGAUGAAGACUCGACCGCCGAUCUAGGAAUGGAGAUACACGCGUUAUCUAGUGCAACAAAACCAUUAUGUUCAUGGAUUUCUCGUGACAUGAUUCAGGAUUGCAGAGAAUCUUGCGGUGGACACGGAUACUUAAAAAUGUCUCGUUUGGGUGAAAUAAGAGCUGACAACGAUGCAAACUGUACAUAUGAGGGUGAAAAUAAUGUACUUAUUCAGCAAGCAAGUAAUUGGUUAUUAAAUCAGUGGGCUAAUGUGAUUAAAGGACAAGCCGUACCAUCUCCACUUAAUUCCGCAGAUUUUCUUGUAAAUGCAGAACAAAUACUUAACAACAAAUUUAAUCAAACUACAGUGGAAGAUGUACUGAAACCCAAAAAUUUGCUCCUAAUUUUUAAAUGGUUGGUUUGUUAUUAUUUGAAAAAGACAUAUCAACGUAUGAAGGAAUUCCAAUCAGACGGAAUGUCUGAUUUUGAUGUAAAAAACAAUAUCCAAACGUUUCUAGCACGAACCUUAUCUCUCGUAUAUGCUGAACAUGCCGUAAUGCUAUACUUUAACAGAUGUUUACAAGAUCCGAAAUGGAAAACAAACGAAAGAGAAGUAUUAACAAAAUUGUGUUCCUUAUUCGGAGCUAUAACAUUGGAGAAAAGAUUGGGAGAUUUGUACAGUGGUGGUUAUGCUUCUCCUAAUAGUAAUAUAGAUAAUUUUUUGCGGGAAGGAAUUAUAAUGUUGUGCAGAGACUUAGUCGAUAAUGCUGUUGCACUAGUCGACGUAUUGGCACCGCCUGACUUUAUUCUUAAUUCUGCUCUAGGAAUGUCCGAUGGCGAGGUAUAUAAACACAUAAAAGAAUGGAUAUUUAAAGACAAAGAGAAU